CUUGUGCAUUGCUGCCCCAUACUAUUACAUAAUCAAACUAUGAUCUGUUCAGCCAAUCACAACGAUGCAUUAUCCAAGCAGAAGCUCACGACUUUUGAACCUCCCGAAUCUGAACAGCGCAAGAUAUCCGCAAAUCAACCUCUCCCGUUCGCCCGCCCGCUCGCCCAUCGUCAAUUGAGCAGCCACCACAAGUCCCUCGCCAUGGCCUCCAGACUCUCGCCCCUCCUCUUCAGAUCAGCCCUCCGCUCGGCGACGUGUCGAGCGGCGAGGCCCCAAUUCCGCGCCUUCUCCCUCACAGCCGUCCGCCCAAGCGACACACUUCAAGUGCACCGCGACUCCCCGAAGAACAACGCCGACAUCCCCUUCAAGUUCACCAAGGAGAACGAGGCCGUUAUCGAUGAGAUCCUCAAGCGCUAUCCGCCGCAGUACAAGAAGGCCGCCGUUAUGCCCAUCCUGGACCUCGGCCAGCGUCAGCACGGUUUUACCAGCAUCAGCGUCAUGAACGAGGUUGCCCGCCUCCUCGAGAUGCCCCCCCAACGCGUUUACGAAGUCGCCUCCUUCUACACCAUGUACAACCGCACUCCCGUCGGGAAGUACUUUAUCCAGGCCUGCACGACCACUCCAUGCCAGCUUGGCGGCGUCGGCUCCGACGUGAUUGUCAAGGCCAUCAUCGACCACCUCGGUAUCAAGCAGGGUGAGACCACCAAGGACGGCCUCUUCACUCUCCUCGAAGUCGAGUGCCUCGGCGCUUGCGUCAACGCUCCCAUGGUCCAGAUCAACGACGACUACUACGAGGACCUUACCCCCGAGACCACUGUCCAGCUGCUUGACGCCCUCAAGGCCACCGCGACCGCCACCGGCGGCGCCGCCGCUGCACAGGUUCCCAAGCCCGGCCCUAUCAACAGCGGCCGCCAAACCUGCGAAAACAGCAAGGGCCUGACAAACCUUACCUCCGAGCCGUGGGGCCCCGAGGUGACGAGGAGCGAUUUGUAAGACAAAACCGAGACCAGGAGAGCGAGCGAAGAGGUUGAGGAGAGUUUUUAGCGCGUGCGCGAAAGUCGAAGGGGACCCCCCACGAAUGGGCCGAGCGGAUGGAAUAGAGCCGGAGCAUGGUCUGGCUUGUAUAUAAAACACAAUGUGCUGUAUUCGAUAUGCAUGGGAGAAACGGUUUAAAGAUCCACGGCACUCU